AGCGUUUUCCCGGAGUCUCUUGCUAGCCGUGGCACAGUGCGUAUUUAAUUUUCCUGGAGUUGAUAUAUGAUUUUGUUUACUGUUUGAAAUUACAAUUCCGGCAAAAUGUAUGGCAUGCUAUUGGAAAGUGUACAACAUUUCGUCCAGCUCGAAUAUGGCGACGAAAUUUGGCAAAAAGCCCUCCAAUUGUCCGAAUGCAAAUACACGGUCUUCAACACCCAUCAAGUCUAUCCGGAUCACAUCAUGGGAUGUUUGGCUUCGGCAUUGGCACAAAUCACGUCUCAGUCCUACGAAAGCUUCAUGAAUUUUUUCGGGAAAUGCUUCGUCCGCUUUUUCAGCAACUACGGAUACGACGUAACGAUUAAAGCCACAGGACGGCAUUUCACGGACUUCUUAGAAAAUGUGGAUAAUAUCCACAUUCAGUUCGCGCUUUCUUAUCCCAAGAUGAAGAGUCCGUCCAUGUAUCUGACAGAAGUUGACGAGAAUGGAUGUGUUUUGGUUUAUCGGAGCGGAAGACAAGGAUUCACUCAUUAUGUGAUGGGUCAGCUGGAUGAAGUUGCUGAGGAUAUUUUUAAUCUGAAGCUGGAAACGAGCGUGUUGAGCCAGGAGAACGUUACGAUCGGGACGAGGAAUAUAAGCAUCGUACAUUUCCGGUUAAAUUUUGAUAAUAGCCAAUACAUAUCAGCAAAGAAAGCCGAAACUGCAGCACACUUAGAAACAAGACAAUUAGCUCCUUUCUCUUGCAGUCUAUUACUGGAAAUGUUUCCUUUCGCGAUUUUAUUUAACUCGAUGCUGGAAAUCGUAGGUUGUGGAGAAAGACUAAUCCAGGUAGCGGGUGGAGGGAACAAGCUUCUUAAGCAAUCAGUUCCGAAAUUCUUUCGUUUGAGAAGACCGAAAGGAAUAGGUUUCACUUGGAAGAACAUAAUAAACUUGAAAUCUGUAAUGUUUGAAAUAGAGUUGCUCAGGGGAGAACUUGUUCCGAAAAAGGAAGGCAGUAAUUUAACCGCCGAAAACACCCUGUCUGAUAAAGCGGGCACGAGAGAAAUUGAGAUAGAUGGAAAAAGUAUUUCACCUUAUGCUUUGAGACGGGAUAGUCAGCCCGGGUUAAAGAACAUACUUCUUAAGGGUCAGAUGCGGUAUCUCGAUGACAUAAACGCCGUUAUUUACCUCUGCAGCCCUGUGGUAAACGACAUCAAUGAACUCCCCGACCAAAGCUUAUACUUGAACGAUUUAAACCAACACGGCCUGGGCAAAGAGAUGGUUCUGGCUGGAUGGCAACACAACUCCAAAUUGGGACUAAUGUUCGACAAAGCCGAACAGAGGGCGACGGAGCUUGAAAAUAAUUACAGUUUAUUAGACACUUGGAAACGCAGAGGGGACGACCUCUUGUAUUCCAUGAUACCGAUGACGGUAGCUGACCGUUUAAGAACCGGAAAGUCGCCUUUAAGCACCUGCGAAUCCUUCGAUUGUGUCACCAUCAUGUUUAGCGAGUUGGUGGGGUUCAACUCGACCACGGUCCAAGACAUCAUGGAACUGGUGUCUACCAUGAACGCCGUUUUUUCGUGCUUCGAUUCUCUAGUGGACAAGUACCACGUGUAUAAGGUCGAAACGGUGGGACAAGUGUACAUGGCAGUCAGUGGGGCCCCCGAAAGCUCAGAGAAUCACGCACAGAACAUCUGCGACGUUUCGCUUUGCAUGAUGCGUCACGUCAAGCAACUUCAGAUUCCGUCAGGAACAAAAGUUGAUGUUCGAAUAGGAAUUCAUUCUGGUCCUGUUGUUGCGGGGGUCGUGGGUAUCAAAGUGCCCAGAUAUUGUUUCUUCGGUGACACGGUCAAUACGGCGUCGAGGAUGCAAUCCACAAGUUCGCCGGGAAUGGUGCACGUUUCCAAGCAGACGAAGGAGAAGUUGCCGAAGGACCGGUACGUGACCCAGAACAGAGGACUCGUUAAGUUAAAGGGGAAAGGAGAGGUGGCUACUUUUUGGAUAUUCGAGAAACCGACGGCUGUGGAGUGAUAACAAUCGUUCUGUGUGGUUUAAAAUUCCAUGUUUACAAAGUAUACUCCGGAGCAAGGUUAUUUAUUGUUACUAUUCUUGAAAAGAAAAUAAAAUAAGCACCAAUGUGUCA